AGUAAUAAUCUACUCAAAUUAAGAAAAUCCAACCCAACCUAAAGAUACCCUCACUUGAGCACUUCACUUAUUUUCCUCUUUCUUUUUCCAAAUGGACAAAAAAAAACACAAAAAAAAGUAAACUUCACUGUAAAGUGUAAAAUCUGAAAAAUCCCAAAACCAGAAAACACUCAAUCUUCAUUCCCACACAUCCAUGGCAACCACCACCACCACCUUCUUCCUCCUCCUUUUCUUCACUUUCUCUCUCCUCAAACCAAUCACAACCACCCAAUCAGACACCAACUGUACAGGUCGUUGGAUCCACAUCAGAAAACUCCCAUCAAAAUUCAACCUCGAUCUUUUAACAAAUUGUUCAUCUUUCUUCCCACUUUACCACAAUUUCUGCCCUUUUUUAUCCAACCAUGGAUUAGGCCCUAAAACCCACAAUCAAUCUCAUUCAUGGUAUCGUACUGACCCACAUCUUCUUGAACUUUUCUUCCAUCGUCGUCUUCUUGAAUACCCUUGUCUCUCUCCUCAUCCUCAUCAAUCCGACGCCAUUUUCUUACCUUAUUAUUCUUCUCUUGAUUCUCUACGUUAUCUUUAUGGUCCACUUUACAACUCUUCUCAUUUACAUGGUCGUGAUUUAUUCUCAUUUCUUCAAUCUAAUGAUCCUCAUAUCUUGAGUAGAUUCAAUGGUCAUGAUCAUUUCUUUAUCAUGGCACGAACUUCGUGGGAUUAUUCUCAACCUCUACCUCUACCUCAAUUUAAUAAUGAUAGUCGUAAUGAUAAUGAUAAUGAUAAUGAGAGGUUAUGGGGUACAUCAUUGUUGUUAAUGCCAGAGUUUUUCAAUAUGACUGUAUUGACAUUGGAGAGUAGAGGUUUUCCUUGGCAAGAACAAGGGAUACCUCAUCCGACGUCGUUUCAUCCAUCGAGUUUAGUGUUUUUGGAGUCAUGGAUUUUGAGGGUGAGACAAUCUAGAAGGGAUACACUUAUGAUGUUUGCUGGUGGUGGUGGGACUUCUUUAAGUGGUAAUCCUAAUGUUAGGAGGAGUAUUCGUGAAGAAUGUGGUAAUGUGGUUGUUGAUUUUAAUACUUCUUUUGUUGUUGGUGAUGGAAGAAGAAGGUUCAAGAAGGUGUGUGAUGUUGUUGAUUGUUCUAAUGGAAUUUGCGAGCAUGAUCCUAUUAGGUAUAUGAAGCCAAUGCUGCAAGCUAGUUUCUGUUUGCAACCCCCAGGGGAGACUCCAGCAAGGAGAUCGACUUUUGAUGGGAUAAUUGCUGGAUGCAUACCCGUUUUCUUCGAGGACCAAUCAGCAAAGACUCAGUUUCAGUGGCAUCUUCCACCUGCCGAGUUUGCAGAAUUCUCAGUGACGAUCCCAAAGGAGGAUGUGGUGUUUAAAGGGUUGAAGGUGGUGGAUGUGUUAAUGGCGAUUCCAAAAGCAGAAGUGAGGAGGAUGAGGGAGAAGGUGAUGGAGUUGAUUCCUAAAGUUAUGUAUCGGAAGCAUGGGAGUUCUUUGGGUUUGAGGGCUAAGAAGGAUGCUUUCGAUAUUGCAAUUGAAGGCACUUUGCAGAGGAUUAAGGACAGGUUGAAGGAUGUCUCUACCUUUGCUUGACUGCUGCUGCUUGCUACUUUCUGGUGCACAUUGGUGCAGAAGAUUAUAGGUUCUGAAGUUUCACCUGACUUUUUUAGGCGCCAAUCGUGUAUUUGUUUAUUUUCCCGAUUCUUUUUGAAGGGUAUAUACAUAGUAUAUGAUGUACUAGUAGUCAAUUUUUGUAUACUAGGUUAUUUAUAUAUUCAUUAUGCUAAUAAAAGGCAGAGCCAAGCUUCACAAAUUGUAUGUUGAUAAUUCUAGGUUUUUAUUGUCAGGUAUAAAAUUACCCAACACUGAUUGUUAAUCAACCAUAUUAUUACCUACUAUGUAUUGAAUAAUGUCAAUUGUAUAUUGGAAUAAGUAAUGCACCAAUCAAUUUGUUGUA